AUGGCCGCCGAGACCUUGUUUAAACCUGAUAGUGCUACUUUGUCUGGUUAUACUGGUGCUGUUACUAGUGGUAGUAAUAUAGUUUUAACCUGUACAACAACAACUAGUAACCCAUCAGCUACUAUACUGUGGUACAGGAAUAAUAUUAGAAUAUAUGAUAAUGAUGAUAAUAUCAAUAUUGGAACUCUAAUUGAAACUAAUGGUGACUACAAUGGCAAGAUAUCAGAACAACAAAUAACAAUAACAACAAGAGCUGAAGAUAACCAAGCAGAGUAUAAGUGUAAAGCAAGGAAUUCACGAAUCACUGGGGAUGUUAAUUCAAAUAGUGUACUUAUUACAGUGUACUUUAAACCUGACAGUGCUAGUUUGUCUGGCUAUACUGGUGCUGUUACCAGUGGUAGCAAUAUACUGUUAAUCUGUACAACAACAACUAGUAACCCAUCAGCUACUAUACUAUGGUACAGGAAUAAUAAUAAAAUAGAAGAUAACGAUGAUAAUAUCAAUAUUGGGUCUCUAAUUGAAACUAAUGGUGACUACAAUGGCAAGAUAUCAGAACAACAAAUAACAAUAACAACAAGAGCUGAAGAUAACCAAGCAGAGUAUAAGUGUAAAGCAAGGAAUUCACGAAUCACUGGAGAUGUUAAUUCAAAUAGUGUACCCAUUACAGUGUACUGCAAUGCUUAG